GCUAAUUUUGUGAAGCAUCGAAAAACCAGCUGGGAGUGAAAACAAAUAACACUGCCAGUGCCAGCUUUUCAAAUCUCUUUUUCCAUUAAAGCCUGUUAUUUCUAGUCUGACGUAGAUAAAUUUCUUUUAAUCAACGAUGUCGUGGAGUGAAAAUUUCCCUGUGUACUUGGACAACCUGUCCACAAUGUACACUUUGUCCGUUCUGAUAGCCGUCUUUGCCCUUUUCGCUGCUCACUAUUAUCAAACCCACAACCACCUCCACAUCGACAAAAACAAGACCGGCAGUGAAGAGGAGCAAAAUAUUGAUGCAGAUGAGGAUGAUCCAACAGAUUCGCCCUAUGUGAAAGGAGAGUUCGGAGGCGCUUUCGGAAAAAUUAAAGCUGCAAAGCAAAAUGUUCUGCUGAAAUCGGUGAAGGCUGACGAAACCGAAGAACAAAGACAUUUAGAAAAGAAGACUCAAGAAGAACAAAUGGCAGCAAUUUGGGAUCUUCUGAAGCAGCAAGAAGAAAAGUUCAACGUUGGCAGUAAACAAGAGCUGGAGGCACAACUUCGACUCUAUCGAAGUUAACGUUGCCGGAAAUCACACUCGUUACUUCGAUUCAACCUUGGAGGUUCAUUUCAUUUAUUUUGUAAUCCGAGUUACAGAAAAUAACCAUAUUUCUCGCAACGGUCCAUUGCGUACGUCUUGAUAAAAAGGAAAUGUGUUCCAAAUGCACUGAAAAUGUGUUAGUUGAGAAGUCCUGAUUUUGAACUUAAAUGUUAUCAAUAGUAACUGUGUUGAGGUACGCCAAAAUUUCUACGACACGGCCUUCAACUCGAUGUCAAAGACGAGAGUUGAGUUUGGAGGAAUCACUGGGGGAGAUCCUUUGUUGCCGUACCUGAAGCAAAUUUUUAAAUGUGAUUCAAUUGAUCAAUGUACAAUCAAAUUUAAGAAUAAAUGUAUUUUGUGUGA